AUGGGCAAAUGGCAGUUGGAGGUGUUACGAAUGAGUAUUUAUAUGGCAUUUCCUGUUAUACUAUUCCAUUACUUCAACUUACCAGAAAAUUAUGAAGAAAAAGUAAUAAAAUUCAAAAGGGAGAUGUUUCCGCCAGAAAGACCAGAACCUCAACAAAAAAUUUCUGACCUCAAGAGGAUAUUCCAAGAACGAAGAGAAGCGGAAUUAAAAAGAGUUUUUGAAGAAUAA